AGUCGCUCGUUGCAGCCAUUUUGGGGAGGCUGUGGACCGUCGAGCUUCUUCGUGCCAUUAUUAGCUACCCAAAAACACACACACACACACGCACAUACACACACGGCGCACACAAAGAAACCGAACGGGAAAAACGUUGGACGACACGUCGUUAAAUAUGGGCCCGCCGGGAGAGAGAACACGCCACAUGUCGACUGCAAGAACGGAGGAUUCCAGCUGGAUUGUCGAUUUAUCUUGACAUGGCAUGCAGCAGGGCGAGCCGGAGACUGUGACGACUGAAGAAAAGAAGAGAAGGAAAACAAACACCUCCAAACUUCAGACGUGGUGAAAGAGGGGGCGACAUCCUGUUUUAGCUAGCGCUUAUUUCGCCUCUCAGCGUCUUAUCCUGUCGGUUGGCUGUUGAUUUCUUAAUUUAUCGAUGAAGUUGUUGAGACGCAAAUUAUCCAGCUAAGAGAGAGAGAGAGAAAAACAUGCUGAGCUCGAGCAGAAACAGCUAGUCCGGGACGCCCGCGGCUCUCCGGCGGCCUCUCCGCACCGGCAGUCACUCUGAGCGCACAGAGAAGAUGUAAACGCGUGGAAAGAUGACUGUACGCUAGCCAGGACACCACACACAGGCCUCCAUUAAGCCAAUCAGUCAGGAGAUAAGAUGUAGCUACACCGUCGGUCCACUACUAGUUAGUGUCUGAAGUGAAUGCCUAGGUUAGCCUGCUAGCUCACUUAGCUAGUGUGCUAAAAAUACGCCCACAUCAUGACUACCAGCAGUGGCACCGCCGAAUGAGUGGCAGGCAUAAAAAAAAAACCCACACAAAAAAAUGUCAAGUUACUUUCGCAGUAGCCUUCGAUGUUACCCAGUGCCAACAUCUCCUGGCAUCUGUAUUUACCUGCCAUGUUCGUCUGUAUCCCCAGUCCGUCUGUAACACGCACGUAACAGCAGUCUGCAGAGAAUCAGCCAUGGAUGUGGGACUUUGAAAUGGCCCAUAUAGUAGAGGAGUGUGUCCGCUUGCUGUAGUCCACAGUGUCACUAGCAAAAAUAAAUACUACCAGUAUGGGUUUCUGUAGUGGCAGCCGUCUCUGUUGAUUUCCAGUACCAUCUCGCAGAGGAGAAGUUAGUCCAAUUUGAGUUGCUGUUCCAUUUAAAUCUGUUGUUCUUCCUUUUGUCUAUGGCAGGUUGAAAAAAAAAAUUGCAAAUUUGGCUUGAAAGACAUGUCUUAAAACAUGGAUUUCUGAUCAAGUAUCAAAGGAGAUGUAGUCUUAGCUUAUUGAUCAUUCCCCUCCUCAACACUGCCCUUUACCAAAACAAAAAAAAGUGAAAUGACUUAGUUUUGUUUCUGAUUUGUUGACCUUUUCAGUUCAUAGUUAGGUCGAGCUUUAGAGUUUGGAUGCAUUGUAUCUGCAGUUAAGGAUAGCUAUCUCCAUUUUUUUAAUCCAACGUAUAAACACAAAAGUAGAAAGUGUAGACAAAACAAAGUGCACAGGAGGAGAGCUACCGUCAAAAAAAAAAAAUCUAACCAUGGGGGACCCAACUUCACGAAGAAAUCAAACGCGAAACCGACUUCGAGCUCAACUUCGGAAGAAAAGGGAAUCUUUGGCAGAUCAGUUUGACUUCAAGAUUUAUAUCGCCUUCGUUUUCAAAGAAAAGAAGAAGAAGUCAGCACUUUUUGAGGUAGCUGAAGUGGUGCCAGUGAUGACCAACAACUAUGAAGAAAACAUCCUGCGUGGUGUGCGCGAUUCCAGCUACUCUCUGGAGAGUUCGAUAGAACUCCUGCAAAAAGACGUUGUGCAACUGCACGCCCCCCGAUACCAGUCAAUGCGAAGGGAUGUGAUAGGCUGCACACAGGAAAUGGAUUUUAUCCUCUGGCCACGCAAUGACAUUGAGAAGAUUGUCUGUCUGCUGUUCUCCAGAUGGAAGGGGGCCGAUGAUGAACCCUUUAGGCCUGUUCAGGCCAAGUUUGAAUUUCAUCACGGCGACUAUGAGAAGCAGUGCUUGCACGCUUUGGGUCGUAAAGACAAGGCUGGAAUGGUCAUGAACAACCCAACUCAGUCUGUAUUCCUCUUCAUGGAUAGACAGCACUUACAGACUCCUAAAACCAAGGCCACAGUUUUCAAGUUGUGCAGCCUCUGCCUGUACUUGCCGCAGGACCAGCUGACCUGCUGGGGUGUGGGAGACAUCGAGGAUCACCUUCGCCCUUACAUGCCUGAUUAAGGCUUCUCGCUCCACACAGCCACACAGGGAAAAGCCCCUCCCCCACCCCCUCCUGCCUCAGCCUUCAGAAGCAAAUUGAUGUACUCAUCUCCACCCUCUCCCCUUGUCAAAGAUGUGAACUUAUGCUUGGAUCUCCUUUUUGUUCCCUACUCGCUCUUCCCUCCCCAACCUGAAGCCGAUUCAGUUCCCAUCCUUUUUUUUUUUUUUUUUUUCCCUCACGCUCUUCAGUGCCCCACCUUCUUCUCCCUGCCAUUUUUGGAUUGGUUCUGCCUUUUUUUUUUGUUUCCGUUUUACUUCCUCCUCAUUCCCCCCUGCUCCGCACCCGCCCACCCACCCAUGUUUGUUCAUUUGAACCUGCACGAACAUUGAUUUUGAGUGGUUGGUUGUUCUCUUGGAGCCGUACAGUCAACAGCACCGGUCAUUGAAGGAACUCUUUAUGUUGCAUCAAAACAGGAACAAACAAUACACAGGUCUUCACGGUGGUUCUCAGAUGGAUGCGUUUUCUAUCCUUGCCGUCAUAAGAAAAGGUUGUUAAAGCUUGUUUGUAACGUCAGUGGGGUUUGGAGAACAACUUGACACAAUCUCUUGACCAAGGACAGAUGUGAGCAGGUGUUAACGCACCCGCACAGGCAAAGAUAACAAGACGAACAGUAUUUGUCAAAUCAUAUGGUGUAGGUAUUGCUUCUUAUAAACCGCCUUAGUUAUUUUGCUGGACUUUUGAAGAUGUUUUGGUGUCAUUUGCUUUCCUCUGAAACACGCUAGGCAGGCCUUUUCGCUAAAAUCUCGAGUGACUUGAAAGGCAUUGUGCUCGAAGUGGGGACGUGUUGGUUAGAUGCUGAAGGUCAUGUUCGCCGUUCAUGCACUAUUCAUUUAAGCUACUGAGAUCUGAUAUUUUAUGUUCUUAUCGGGAUUGUGGGUUGGUGACAAAUUGAAAUAACUGAUUUAAUGUUUAACAUAACUACUAAAAGUUGCUGGAAGCUAACAAAUUUUUUUAAUUUGACCUACUAAAAUGAAUAUAAUUUGCUGCCAUGCUCAUCAAAUUAAAAUUGGGUUUUGCAGG